AUGAUAAUCGAAAAGGACGAUCUGUUGAAUGAAUGGAUUCAGAAGAGAAUUGAGACUUUGUAAGUUAAUCAUCAAUACUGAAUUGCCUAAAUAGCGGUAAAGUUUAGAUAAGUAACUUACUGUUUCAGAAGCGAUGCGGAACCUACAGCGUUUGCCAAGUACGUGUUUACGUUACUGAAGAAGGAUGCUAAUACUGAGAAUUUGCGUAAAAUAUGUUCUGACAAGCUCAAUGUGUUUUUGGGAAAUUGUAAGUGAUGUUACAUUUUGUUUUCCGAUUUUUAGAAACUUUGAAAGCAGAGGUCUUCUGCAGCUGCAGAACGUUAUUUUUAGCUACUUUUUUAACACCAUUUACAAUGUUUAAAAAGUUCGAGGUUUAGCUUUUCUAUGUGUCUAAAACAACUGAUAUCUUUUCAGCUACUGAUGAAUUCGUGGAUUCUUUGUUUGAAACAAUUGAUAAGAAGUCUUACAUUGGUAAAGUCGAAGAGAAUUCAGAGAAUAGAGAUGUUGAGAAGGAGGAGAAGAAGGAUAAGCCAUCUCGGAGGAGGAUAUCACCACCACGAGAUGAUAAAGAAGAAAGAAACCGACGAAGACGUUCUAGAUCUCCAGAUUCGCGAAGAAGACGUACAGAUAGGCAUAGGAGAUCUAGGAGCAGGUCAAGAUCACCGCAUCGGUAAGCUUUAUUUUUGCAAUUGAAAUUUGUUGUUUCAUGCAAAUUUUUUGAUGAUUUCAUACAUUUUUUUGAAGUUUUAUGCAAAUUUUUUGUUGAUGCGUGGACUUCAUUUCAUUUGUUCUCAUUUUCUACACAAGUGUUGACAAUGUUAGGUGAAAGGUGAUAUUAUAGUUAUGAUUUUAUAAUAUUUUACUUAUUUUCACAUAACUUUUCUAUUUUUAGUCGUAGCGACCAUCGUGAUGAUCGCAAUCGUCGUUCCGAUCGUGCACCGAAAGAGAAUCGCAACGGACAACAACCUUCACAACGUAUCCGCCGUCGUUGUCGCGACUUUGAAGGUUGGAUUUUGGACAUACAAUAUUGUGCUUUAACUUGAGACUUUUCAAAUGCUUUUUUUUAUUUUGAAAAAUGUUUAAAUGCGCGAGGGCCAAUGAAAAAUACUAGAAAAAGAAAGAAGAGCCCAGAAAAAUAGUCGUUAUGACACGAUUAAUAUAGAAAAGAGUCACUAUGACAAGAUUAAUAUAGAAAAUAGUCAUGAAGACCAAAGUAGCCUGAGAUGAACAGAAAAGAUUCAGUUUGACUAAAAUAAUAUAGAAAAUAUAGGAUAAGCGAAAAAUGCGCAUAAAUGAAAGAUUACUGUUAUGUUGUUAUUGUUAACUUCUAUGCAUUGUUGUAACUCCCCUUGCGGCGUCUUCCAUACCGUCUUUACCUUCCAGUGCUAGCAUACGGUCUAAAAGUUUCUGUCAUCACUUUUUAAGGCUUAUGUUUAUAUGUUAAGUAGACGGAUCUUUGUCUCAAGCUAACGUCUUCGUGGAAUGAAAAACUGAUUUGCAGAACAAGGUCUAUGUCGCCGUGGUGAUACGUGUGCCUUUGAUCAUGGACCGGACCCAAUCGUUCUGGACGACGGAUCCAUCGAAGAGUAUCAGCCCGAGUUCAGGAACAGCGAUGCAUCCAGCGCCGCCACCACCGAGUACAACCCCGAACAUCCUCAAAUCGCUCCGAAAAUGUACGGUGACUUCUCUGUACCACCACCACCAUUGUCGAUGCCCAAUCUCGGCGCUCCGAUUCCGUCGCCCUUUGAGAAUCCGAUGUCGGCGGUGGCUCAACAACAGCGAUUAGCAUAUAUGAGAGGUGGAAUGGGCGGAGGGCCUCAACGUCGUGGCGGCUUUGUUGGUGGAAGAGGACGGAAACGUUUCAACCCGUACAGUCAGGAGAGAAUGCCAGUCAACAAGAGCACAACAUUGGAGGUGAGAGGUUUUAUCUAUUUUUUGGAUAUUUUAUGUGAUUUUUUGCCUUUUUAGAUGUUAUUAUGUAUUAUUUUUAGUUGCGAAAGAUACCAAUCGAUCUGAACAAGUUGGGACCAAUAAAUGAUCAUUUCGCCGAGUUUGGUACUAUUACUAAUAUCCAAAUUAGUUGGAACGGAGAGCCGGACACGGCUCUUGUCACGUUCGCCAAGCUUCCGGAUGCCCAAGCGGCCAUAAAAUCGGAAAAGGCGGUCAUGGACAACAGAUUCAUCCAAGUCACAUGGCAUAAACCUGCUCCACCUGCACCAGAAACUGCAGUCAAGGAUGAGUCUGUAGGUUUUUGGAAAAUUUUGAAUAUUUUUUGAUUAAUUUUUAUAUUUGGAUGAUAUUUUAGACCUAAAUGAUAAGUCGAUGAUAAUUUUAUUUUCAGGCACAGGAAGUAAAACCAGUGAUACCAUUCAAUACUCAAGGCUCAUACUCAAACCAGGUAUCCCAGCUGGAAGCGGCCAAAGCGGCGAGGGAAAAGGCUCAGGAAAAACUGAUGGAAAGGCGAAAGGAAAGAGAACAACAGGCCAAGUUGCAAGAAGUAAGAAUGUUUGAUUUUAACCUUUACUUUUUGAGUUAAAGGUAUUGUAACAAAUUUCGAUUGAUUGAAAUAAAACCAAUAAACCAUCUUUUUUAGCUUAUACGCCUCAAAACCAACGUCUACGACAAAUAUGUGGGUGAAGUCAAGAAAGUGUACCAAAAGUUAGUCGCCGAGCAAGAACCCAAGAUCAAGGCGGAGCUUCUAAAGCUCGCCACUCAAGUCGAGACUCUAAUGAAAUCAACAAAGGCCGAAAUUGAGGAUCUGCAUAAGGAAAUGACCGAAUUGGCCGAGAAACAUAAGAAACCCGAAACGAAAACACAACCCGAAACCGAGGAAGAGCCGGAAAAGAAGGAACUGGACGAAGAUGCCGUCCACCGACUUCUCAACGACUCGGACGCCGAAAAGAGCGACGAAGAGCAGCCGGAAGAACGUCCGGAGAUUGACGAAGAAGCCCUCCUCAACGAUUAG